CUGUUUCGGUCAAAAACCCAAUCUCAAGUUUUCAUACACUAGCUCACACAGUAUUAUUUGUCGGGGGAAACACACCCACGCACUCUCUCUCUUCCCUCAACUUUCUCUCUCUAGACUUCUGUGUGUGUUUUACACAAGAAGCAACUGCAGAGACCCACCUAACACCGUAAAAAACUUCUCUCUAUACUUGAGUCGUUUCAUUCCAAUUUCCGGGACAUGUUAAACAAAUGGGAGUGGGAGUAAAUUCUAGAGAGAGAAAUGAGCAACAAAGUUUUAGAGAGAUAAAGUUAAAGAACGUGGUGGUGGUUUUGUUUGUAAUUGCAAAGCAAUGUCACAAGAUUCUCAGGGGAUAAAACCGAUUUAGCAGUGGAAAUGGUCCGAAAUGCAAGGCCUUGAACUUGUGUCAGCUCAUUCAGACUCAGACCCCUCCUUUAAAGCCAACCCAACAACCACAACAACAACAACAGCAACAGACACACAACAAGAAGAAGCAAAAAAGAGUGAAGGGUCCUCUGUAGAGAGAGAAAACAGAGUAGGAGGAGGAGGAGGAGAGAGAAGAGAAAUGGAGGCACCUGAAGGAAAGAAAGAUGGCGGUGAUGGAGAGAAGCCUGGUUCAACUCCACCGUCAGUUGGGUUCUUUGAGCUCUUCAGAUUUGCAGAUAAGUUGGACUAUAUUCUCAUGGCAAUUGGGUCAGUUGGUGCCUUUGUCCAUGGCUGUUCUUUGCCUUUGUUUCUUCGAUUCUUCGCCGAUCUCGUCAAUUCUUUCGGCUCCAAUAUAAACGAUGUAGAUAAGAUGGUAGACGAAGUUGUAAAGUAUGCAUUUUACUUUCUUGUUGUUGGAGCUGCAAUAUGGGCGUCUUCAUGGGCAGAGAUAUCGUGUUGGAUGUGGACCGGAGAGAGACAAUCGACGAAGAUGAGAAUCAAGUACUUAGAAGCUGCUUUGAACCAAGACAUUCAAUACUUUGAUACAGAGGUUCGAUCAUCCGACGUCGUUUUUGCGAUUAACACAGAAGCAGUGAUGGUCCAGGACGCCAUUAGCGAGAAGUUGGGUAAUUUCAUACACUAUAUGGCAACAUUUGUUUCUGGAUUUGUGGUGGGUUUCACUGCUGUGUGGCAAUUAGCUCUGGUCACUCUCGCUGUGGUUCCACUCAUAGCUGUAAUUGGAGGCAUCCACACCACCACAUUAUCCAAGCUCUCUGCCAGAAGCCAACAAGCUCUUUCACACGCAGGAAACAUUGUAGAACAGACUAUACUUCAAAUUCGGACGGUUUUGGCAUUUGUUGGUGAAUCAAAAGCAAUAGAAUCUUAUUCACGAGCAUUGAAGGUCGCUCAAAGAAUCGGAUAUAAGUGUGGUUUUGCUAAAGGAUUGGGAUUGGGAGCAACUUACUUCACUGUUUUUUGUUGUUAUGCACUUCUGCUCUGGUACGGGGGUUAUCUGGUUAGGCACCAUUUCACUAAUGGAGGACUUGCCAUUGCCACAAUGUUCUCUGUUAUGAUAGGUGGACUAGCUUUGGGACAGUCAGCUCCGAGCAUGGCUGCAUUUGCCAAGGCAAAGGUUGCAGCUGCAAAAAUCUUCCAAAUAAUCGACCACAAACCGAGUAUUGAUCGAAAUACUGAAUCGGGUUUGGAGUUGGACACCAUAACUGGACAAAUAGAGCUGAAAAAUGUUGAUUUUGCCUACCCAUCAAGGCCGGAUGUUCGGGUUCUUAACGAUUUCUCUCUAAGCGUCACUGCCGGGAAGACCAUAGCUUUGGUUGGAAGUAGUGGCUCUGGCAAAAGCACUGUGGUUUCCCUCAUUGAGAGAUUCUAUGAUCCUACCUCUGGACAAGUUCUUUUGGAUGGGCAUGACAUUAAGACACUAAAGCUGAAAUGGCUGAGGCAGCAAAUUGGACUUGUGAGCCAAGAGCCUGCUCUGUUUGCUACCACCAUUAAAGAGAACAUACUCUUGGGUAGGCCUGAUGCAUCUCUAGGUGAGAUAGAAGAAGCCGCCCGAGUCGCCAACGCCCAUUCAUUCAUUGUCAAGCUUCCAGAUGGCUACGACACGCAGGUGGGCGAGAGAGGAUUGCAACUCUCAGGUGGGCAGAAGCAGAGAAUAGCUAUAGCAAGGGCAAUGCUAAAAAACCCAGCAAUCCUGCUUUUAGAUGAGGCAACAAGUGCAUUGGACUCUGAAUCAGAAAAGCUAGUGCAAGAGGCUCUUGAUCGAUUCAUGAUUGGGAGGACCACUCUUGUCAUUGCUCACCGCCUCUCCACUAUCCGUAAGGCUGAUCUUGUGGCUGUACUCCAGCAGGGUAGUGUUUCUGAAAUUGGAACGCAUGAUGAGCUCAUUGCCAAAGGAGACAACAGUGUCUAUGCCAAGCUUAUCCGAAUGCAAGAAAUGGCUCAUGAAACUGCUCUCAACAAUGCCAGAAAGAGUAGUGCAAGGCCUUCUAGUGCCAGGAACUCGGUAAGCUCACCAAUAAUUGCCCGAAACUCCUCCUAUGGCCGAUCACCAUAUUCACGCCGGCUAUCUGACUUCUCUACUUCUGACUUUAGCCUGUCCAUGGAUUCCACAUACCCAAAUUAUCGGCUUGAAAAGCUUCCAUUCAAGGAGCAGGCUAGUUCUUUCUGGCGCCUUGCAAAAAUGAACUCUCCUGAAUGGGCAUAUGCCCUAGUUGGUUCUAUAGGCUCCAUUGUUUGUGGCUCACUCAGUGCCUUCUUUGCAUACGUUCUGAGUGCUGUCCUAAGUGUUUACUACAAUCAAGACCAUGCUUACAUGAGAAGAGAAAUUGGAAAAUACUGCUAUCUUUUAAUUGGGGUUUCAUCUGCUGCACUUAUUUUCAACACGCUACAGCAUUUCUUCUGGGAUGUUGUGGGAGAAAAUCUAACGAAACGUGUGAGGGAGAAAAUGCUGGCAGCAGUGUUAAAAAAUGAAAUGGCAUGGUUUGAUCAGGAGGAAAAUGAGAGUUCUAGAGUUGCAGCAAGGCUGGCUCUUGAUGCCAACAAUGUUAGAUCAGCCAUUGGAGACCGCAUUUCAGUGAUAAUGCAAAACUCAGCACUCAUGCUAGUUGCCUGCACUGUAGGGUUUGUUUUGCAGUGGCGGCUAGCCCUUGUCCUUGUGGCCGUUUUCCCUGUCGUUGUUGCAGCCACUGUUUUGCAGAAAAUGUUCAUGACUGGUUUCUCGGGAGACCUAGAAGCUGCACAUGCCAAAGGCACACAACUAGCAGCGGAGGCUGUGGCUAAUGUAAGAACAGUUGCUGCCUUCAAUUCAGAAUCAAAAAUCGUCACCCUUUUCACCACCAGCCUUCAAACUCCAUUACGACGUUGCUUCUGGAAGGGUCAGAUUGCUGGAAGUGGAUUUGGGAUAGCCCAGUUCUUACUUUAUGCUUCCUAUGCUCUUGGUCUUUGGUAUGCGUCAUGGCUUGUAAAGCAUAGGAUCUCUGAUUUCUCAAAGACCAUUCAAGUUUUCAUGGUCCUCAUGGUCUCCGCCAAUGGUGCAGCAGAAACAUUGACCCUAGCCCCUGACUUCAUUAAGGGUGGUCGAGCCAUGCGAUCAGUUUUUGAUCUCCUUGACCGCAAAACUGAAAUUGAGCCUGAUGAUUCAGAUGCCACCCAAGUACCUGACCGCCUUCGUGGGGAAGUGGAGCUCAAGCAUGUAGACUUUUCUUAUCCCUCUCGCCCUGAUGUGCCUAUCUUCCGUGACCUCACUCUUCGUGCACGAGCUGGCAAGACUCUUGCCCUUGUAGGACCUAGUGGCUGUGGCAAGAGCUCAGUCAUUGCACUUAUACAGCGAUUCUACGAGCCAUCAUCUGGGAGGGUCGUGAUCGAUGGGAAGGACAUUCGAAAAUACAAUCUCAAGUCACUUCGAAAGCACAUUGCCAUGGUCCCUCAGGAGCCGUGUCUCUUUGCUACAACCAUUUACGAAAACAUUGCUUAUGGGCACGAGUCAGCAACCGAGGCUGAGAUAAUUGAGGCAGCAAAUUUAGCAAAUGCCCACAAGUUCAUAUCAUCAUUGCCUGAUGGCUACAAAACAUAUGUUGGCGAGAGGGGAGUUCAACUGUCUGGUGGACAAAAGCAAAGAAUUGCAAUUGCUCGCGCUUUCAUGAGGAAGGCAGAGGUAAUGCUGCUGGAUGAAGCCACAAGUGCACUUGAUGCCGAGUCAGAGAAGUGCGUACAAGAGGCUCUGGAGCGUGCUUGCUCGGGAAAGACAACAAUUGUGGUUGCACACAGGCUAUCAACCAUAAGAAAUGCCCAUGUCAUUGCUGUGCUAGAUGAUGGAAAAGUGGUGGAACAAGGUUCUCACUCACACCUAGUGAAAAACCAUCCUGAUGGGUGUUACGCCCGUAUGAUACAGUUACAAAGGUUCACACAUGGGCAGGCUGUGAAUAUGGCAUCAGGCUCAACCUCUUCGUUACGCCCCAGCCCCAGCCCCAGAAAAGAUGAGGAGGGAGAAGGCAAGUAAGGUGAAAAAGAAAAUACUACUAUUGAGGAGGAGUACAUCUCUUAUACCACUGGAUGAUUUUUUUUGGAUUUUCUGGUUUCUGUUUUCCAUUUUGGUAUAGUAGUAUAGUAUAUGUAUUAUCCAAAUUUAUUAUAAUAUAUGUCCUCAUUUUGAUUAA